CUUGAACAUGAUGAUCUUAGUGCAUAGAGAAGUGGACAAAUUGAAUUAUUUUGUCAGUUGAAGUGACAAUAUUAUAGAAGAAAUGAACAAUGAACGAGGGAUUCAUCAUUACUACAAAGUUUGAAUGAAAGCUUUUUAAGAUGUUGUUCCAUUGUAACAUUGAUAUUUGUGUUUGCCUUGAGUAAACUAGUGGCAGUUCACCUUGAAUGCUCCAAGAAAAAGCUUCCUUUCAUGCCAAUGCAUAAAUACAUAGACAUAUCAUUGCUCGCUACACAACAUUGAAGAUUGAUUAACAGAUUACCAGAUGAGAAUCCUUAGAGAUUUCAAAGAAUCUUGCAUGCUCAAGCAAGUCUCUAUGCAUUAGCAUAUUAUUAUGAACUGUUUAUAGAAGCAAAUGAAAAAUUUCAUAAAUGAAUGCUAUAAAAACUAACUGGAUAUAUGAAAACGUUAUUAAGAAAGAUGCUUUCCUAAACGUAAUGUGAGAACGAACGACCAGGCCGUAUUAUAAGAUGAUCUUAUAACGCUAACGCAAGCGCAUAUGUGCUAUAUGGCUACUGUGACUUAACUAGUCCCUAAGGCUAUGUUUUAUCCAAGGUAAGUGGUAUUUCCACUGAAUCUAAUAAAUUGGAAACGACAUUGAUCACGCGAUAAAAGGACUCUGAUUAAAAUGAUCAGAGUCGCUCCUCUCGCUCCUUUCCGAUUAAAAAACAAAAACGAAUAGUAAAAUUUUAUUGGUCUUCUGCUUCGGAGAUGUUCUGUAAGAUUACUGAAAGGAAAGGUUUGUGAGGGACUUGUUUAGCAGACAUUUCGAACAAACAAAGGGAUUCCGUACAAUGACCUCGAGGACUGUCGACACAUUAACGAAUUUAAAUGUAACGAUAACCCAUACGAAUGCAUCAUCGGUGGGCGCGAUAGUGACUUAGCCGAAUGGAAGGUCAGCCCGAUCAGCUGAUCCACUUGUCAUUAGAAUCGGCAAGACGUGCGCCACCUAACGCCAAGGCGAAGGAAGCUCAAUCAGAGGUAUUGUUUUCGACCUUGUUUUCGUGGCGGUCGGUGUCACAUUCGCGACGGAUGAAAAUCGUGCACACUGGCAUGCAGUGAUACCACGGGUGUACGGAGGAUGUAUACGUAUGGCACGCAUAGUGUGGGACCGUACUCGUUUCUCAGAUAUACGGAAUAACGUGUACGAUGGAUCAAAGGACAAAUGGAAGAUGGACACAAGCGUUGCAAGAUUUUCCCAAUAAACGAUGAUAUAAAAAUGAAGUUUGAGGAAGGAACAGAAGUACUUGCUAGACAUCCAAGUACAGAUGAAUUUCUUAAGGGGAAGAUAUUAAGUGUGAGGGGUGAUUUUUACAGGAUAAAAUUUGAAACAGGCAACGAACGUACUAUUCAUUCAAAUGAUGUUAAGAUCAGUAGACCGUCUAGAAGUACAGCAAAAUCAAGGUCUGUAGGUAAAAAAAGUCCAACUAGAUCUAGUAAAAAAUCUCCAAGUAGACGUUCACCUGGAAGAUCCUCAUCUUCAAGUAAACAGGCUUCAUCCAAAAGUACAAAAUUUGCAAAAGUCUCAUUACCACGAAUACAAUUAUCUGAUGAUGCAGUUAAAACUGAUAAUACUGUCAGUAAAAGAAGUACAAAAGAUGACGAUUUUUUGGAACUAGCAUCUCUUCAGUCUCGAUUAAAAGAAAUGAGUACAGUUACGCGUAGAUCAACGAGGCUCUUCUCGGGUACACUAAAACCUGAAUCAGACCAUAAAAUGGUUAUGUUAACAAGAAAUAUUAAUAGAGCUGUCUCACUUCCUUUAGAAAGGAAAAGUCAGUUGUUCGAUUUUAAUUUUAUUGAGGGGAAAGAAAGAGGUCACUCGGUACAAAGAGAUCAAGAUUUGUUAAAGACUUUAAACUACGAAGAAGAUGUUGAUUUGAGUACACAGGUAAUGGAAAAACGGAAAAAGGAAAUAAGUAUCGUUAGCGAACCACAAGAAUGGGGAGGGUGGCUUGGUAGUCUCAUUCUAAUAUUUGUAUUACCUCUGAGUACAAUUUUACCACAGUUAAUGUGCACAGAAAAGCGGUGUUCAUUUGGAUACCCUAAUAUAACUACAGAUUUAAAUACCUAUAUAAAUUUAGAAGCUUUUGUUGCAUAUUUGGGAUAUUUGCUUUUCGUGGCUAUUAGUUCAAUUAUUCCAAUUGGACGUAAAAUUUAUGGCCCACAGAGUAGAAUGGGAAGAUUACAAUAUCGUUCAAACGGAUUUUUAUGUACUGUUUUAUCGUUAUUUGUACUUAUCAUGUGUAUAUACCAAGACAUAAAAGUCACUGAUUUCAUUAUAGAAAAUUGUGUACAGUUGUCAAUUAGCGGUUGGAUCAUUGGAACAAUUUUAUCAGUGUCAUUAUUUUUAAAAAGUGACAGAGCUCCCAUAGCUAAUCUUAAUAUACACGGAUCGACAAAUAGUGCGAUAUAUAACUUUUGGCAAGGAAGAGAAAUUAAUCCCAGAAUCGGUCCUAUAGACUUUAAACUAUGUCUCUUCCGUUCAUCUCUAAUAGCUGUGAUUCUUGUUAACUUAUCUAUUGUAAUUAAAACAGUCGAAGAAGCCGAAAGUUACAGCUUAGAACACCUUAAUGUUAGUGUGUUAUUAACUUGUUUACUACAAAUAAUUUAUGCAAUGGAUACCUUGUUCUUUGAGUCUGCAAUUUUAACAACUUUUGAGAUAAUGUAUGAAGGAACUGGUUACAUGUUAUGUGUUGGAUAUUUUCUAUUUCCAUUUUUACCGACACUUACAACAAAGUAUAUGUUGUACCAUAAAACACAGUUGAGUUACUUCAAUGUUCUUCCUGUACUGCCUUUUAUAAUUGGAUAUUUACUGUAUAGGAUUAGUAACUUACAAAAGAACGAAUUCAGACGGAAUCCUUUAUCUCCAUCACUCGCACAUCUGGAAACCAUACCGACGAUACGCGGUACGAAACUUAUAGUGUCAGGUUUGUGGGGUCACGUGAGACACCCAAAUUAUUUGGGUGACAUAAUCAUGUGGUGGUCGAUAUCGUGUACAAGUUUGGCAUGUGAUGUUUUGCCUUAUUAUUAUGCAAUUAUGUGUACAGCAUUGUUAGUACACAGAGCAGUAAGGGACAAUGAACGUUGUAAAAUGCGCUACGGUUUAGCUUGGGAACAGUAUAUAUCACGGGUUAAAUACAUGAUUUUAUAUCGUAUAUUUUAGAGCAUUAUGUAUACAAUGAUAGUAAGGUAUUUUUAGAUACCAAAAUGUGUCACAGAACUGUACCUUAUAAACAACAAUGCUCAUUAUUUUAUAGAAUGAAAUACUUUAAAUGCGUACAUUGUAGUUUUAAGAUGAUGUUGAAUAUAUACCGCAGUUCACGAGAGUCCAUAACUGCGAAAA